AUGUCGAGCUGCAUCGAUGUGCCUGAGCAACUCUGCUAUAUCCCUUGCAACUUUUGCAACAUAGUACUUGCGGUGAGCGUUCCGUGCAGCAGCCUGUUCGAUAUUGUGACUGUCCGAUGCGGGAACUGCACCAAUCUAUGGUCUGUUAACAUGGCAGCCGCCGCUUCUCGGUCACUGUCAUGGCAAUAUAUUCAGGCACCCAAUUAUGCAAUACAGGAUUACAAGACAGAUCUGGGUUCGUCGUCGAAAUGCAGCAAUAAGUUCUCCAUUCGACCGGUUCCUGCCGCUAACAGUGCAACCGAGGAAAGGGUGGUGAACGGACCUCCCGAGAAGAGGCAGCGAGUACCUUCUGCGUACAACCAGUUCAUCAAAGAGGAGAUUCAAAGGAUCAAGGCCAACAACCCAGAUAUCAGUCACAGAGAAGCCUUCAGCACUGCUGCUAAGAAUUGGGCACAUUUCCCUCAUAUCCACUUCGGGCUGAUGCUGGAAACGAACAACCACACCAAGGUGAAUAAUGCUUAA